AUGAUGAUGCUGCUGCAGGGCGGAGUUCAGGUUCAGAGGGGAGGGGGCGAGCGAGCAGGAGGGCUGCACAGCCGACAGUUUGAUCAUCUUCAGAAGGAGGAUUCAGGACUGAUCCCAGACCUGAGACCCGGGUUUGAGGGGUCCUCUGAGGAGACCUCCACCUCUGCAGGUACGAUCAUCGGUGACCACAGUGAAACUGAGAGUAAAAAAAAACACACGAAUCAUUUUAGAAAUGAAACGGCGGUCAGAGAGAAUCAGGAAAAGGAUCUCAGAUAUCACCACAGAUCCAGUAUUGAUCAUCUCCAUCACUGAUUGGACCUUUUUGCUGAUCAGCUGUGACGAAUAAGAACAAGAUCUCACAUCCAAGUGCCUUAAAGCUGCAGUUUCUUCUGUCUGACCAGCAGGGGGCGACUCCUCUGCCCGAUGGAUGAUCAAACUUGUUGUGCAGCUCUGCCUGAGGACUGUUUUGAUUGGAGCGUGGAGGUUUCACCUGAGCUCCUCACCUGGACUGAUGAUGAAGGAGUGA